GGGCGUGUCAUAAAACAGAAUAGAAACCGCUCCGUUCGGUGAUUUUGAUACAUUUAUCUCUAAAGUUGUUCAACUGCUCAGCUUUCAAUGCUUUUCUCAUUAAUUUUCAGUUUUUAGAAAUAUUUCUUCGGGGGAAAAACUAUUAAUCUGUCAAAGAAACCAAAAUGUUUUCAUCAUGGCGCAAACAAACUACCGAGCAUGAAGGUAUUCCUUAUAAGGGGUUGUUGAACCAGGGAGCGACCUGCUACCUGAACAGCGUCCUGCAGGUCCUCUUCAUGACCACAGACUUCAGAGAAGCCCUCCAGAGAAGUCACUCCGGAUCCCUAGAUCGUCGUCUAAAGGAGCUUUUUGAUGAGCUGAAGGAAUAUGACUGCUAUACUUAUAAAAUCACGAAGGCGCUGGGAAUCACUGAUGGGUUUGUUCAAGCUGAUGCUGCUGAAUGCUUUGAGAAAAUUCUGAGAAACAUGACAAAUCAAGAAGCGGCUCAGAUAUUUCAGGGUGUGCUGACAGUCAAGAGCAAAUGCUGCAAAUGCAACACUGAGACAUGUGAUGAUAAUCCAUGCUGGAGUCUUCCUCUGGAACUGGUGGAUUCUGAGGCGGAGUACAAAGUUGAGGACGGCCUCAGUCAAUACUUCUGUCCGUCAGAGGUCAGUGGUCCGGACCAGCUGUUCUGUGGGGACUGUAAUGCCAAAACCGACUCUACAAUUAAACUUGAACUGAAGCACCAUCCUGAAGUUCUGACGCUGCUGCUGAAGAGAUUUAAGUUUGAUUACAGUAAUAAGUGCUACUUCAAAGUGAAACGCAGAGUGGAGAUUCCUGAAUAUCUAGAGAUCCAGAACCAGACAUAUGAGCUGUAUGCAUUUGUGGAACAUCAUGGUAAUUUGAAAUCUGGACAUUACACUGCAACAAUCCAGUCCCAGGAGGAUAAGAGAUGGUACAACUUCAAUGACAGUAGAGUUGAUAGUUUCUAUCAGUUUUACCAACUGGAUAAAAAGGAGACAUUCCACAGUGCUUAUCUGCUGUUCUACAGGAAAAUUUCUGCAGAGGACGCGUUGAAUGAAGAAAAUAACAAGGGGAGCGUAUCUGAAUCCCUGGAAACACACAGAAGUGAAACAAACAAACCACACAAAUGUGAUGAGGAGACUGUAAAAAGUGAGACGAACUGUGAAAUGGCACAGAGCUGUGAAAGUGCAGAAAGACGAGAAAUGGAGGAGAAGGAAGAGGAGAAAUUUAUUAGUGUGGAGAGAGAAGAUGACUUGAAAGAUCAGAGGAAGAUGAGUGGGAAAAAAGUAGAAGACUAUGAAGAUCAGACAAAGACAGGUUUGAAGAAAGAAGACGACUAUAGAGGUCAGACGAAGAUGAGUUUGAAGAAAGAAGACGACUAUAGAGGUCAGACGAAGAUGAGUUUGAAGAAAGAAGACGACUAUAGAGGUCAGACGAAGAUGAGUUUGAAGAAAGAAGACGACUAUAGAGAUCAGACGAAGAUGAGUUUGAAGAAAGAAGACGACUAUAGAGAUCAGACGAAGAUGAGUUUGAAGAAAGAAGACGACUUGAGAGAUCAGACGAAGAUGAGUUUGAAGAAAGAAGACGACUAUAGAGAUCAGACGAAGAUGAGUUUGAAGAAAGAAGACGACUUGAGAGAUCAGACGAAGAUGAGUUUGAAGAAAGAAGACGACUAUAGAGAUCAGACAAAGAUGAGUUUGAAGAAAGAAGACGACUUGAGAGAUCAGACGAAGAUGAGUUUGAAGAAAGAAAACGACUAUAGAGAUCAGACGAAGAUGAGUUUGAAGAAAGAAGACGACUUGAGAGAUCAGACGAAGAUGAGUUUGAAGAAAGAAGACGACUAUAGAGAUCAGACAAAGAUGAGUUUGAAGAAAGAAGACGACUAUAGAGAUCAGACAAAGAUGAGUUUGAAGAAAGAAGACGACUUGAGAGAUCAGACGAAGAUGAGUUUGAAGAAAGAAAACGACUAUAGAGAUCAGACGAAGAUGAGUUUGAAGAAAGAAGACGACUUGAGAGAUCAGACGAAGAUGAGUUUGAAGAAAGAAGACGACUAUAGAGGUCAGACGAAGAUGAGUUUGAAGAAAGAAGACGACUAUAGAGAUCAGACAAAGAUGAGUUUGAAGAAAGAAGACGACUUGAGAGAUCAGACGAAGAUGAGUUUGAAGAAAGAAGACGACUUGAGAGAUCAGACGAAGAUGAGUUUGAAGAAAGAAGACGACUUGAGAGAUCAGACGAAGAUGAGUUUGAAGAAAGAAGACGACUAUAGAGAUCAGACGAAGAUGAGUUUGAAGAAAGAAGACGACUAUAGAGGUCAGACGAAGAUGAGUUUGAAGAAAGAAGACGACUAUAGAGAUCAGACAAAGAUGAGUUUGAAGAAAGAAGACGACUUGAGAGAUCAGACAAAGAUGAGUUUGAAGAAAGAAGACGACUAUAGAGAUCAGACGAAGAUGAGUUUGAAGAAAGAAGACGACUAUAGAGAUCAGACGAAGAUGAGUUUGAAGAAAGAAGACGACUAUAGAGGUCAGACGAAGAUGAGUUUGAAGAAAGAAGACGACUAUAGAGAUCAGACGAAGAUGAGUUUGAAGAAAGAAGACGAUUUAAGAGAUCAGACGAAGAUGAGUGUUGACAAACAAAAAGAUGAAAAAAACAAGCCAGAAGACCAAGCACAAGCUGCAAAACGUUUGACCAUAUAUGACCUUUAUACGACUUCAAAACAGAGCAGUGGUAGGCAAAGUGAAUACAGACCGAGAUCUUCAGAGAGGAGUCAGGAAGGUGAUAAAGAGAACAGGAGAGGAUCAACACUGCAUGAGCAACAAAGCAACAACAAAUCCACUGAAAGCCAGAUCUCUCCUGGAAAUCAGACAGGUAGAGGAAGUAUCCAGAGCAACAUCAACAGGGAGAUGGCAGAAGUUCAAAGAGAAGAUUUCAAACAUUUAGUGAAACAUUUUGAAGGUUUAGUCAAUGAUGGCCAGGGUCAAAGCAGAGAGGGGCCCUCAAGCACGAGUGUGGAUUAUGAUGCAGGGAGCAGGAAGAACUCAUGUAUUCAACAGAGGGAUGACAGCAGAGAUGCUGGAAACGAACAGAGAAAUAAUGUGCAGCUUCCACAAACUGGAGGAACUACUCUGACAAAUGAUGGAUGUGAUGAUGAUGGUUCUGGUUCUGUUCAGCACUCUGGAACAUUAUAUCGUUCUUCCAUGUCAGUUAGCUUACAAAAUCAAAGUUCAGGAAAAAAAUGUGAUUACAAAGAGAUAACAAAGAGAACACAAAAUGAAGUCAUUUUGGAUGUAUUACCCAAAAGAAAAUAUAAUGGAGAAACUGAUGAUCAACAACACAAACACAACGAUGAACGUACGUCCGAAAGAGAUGGCCGAUAUGAAGCAACUUUAAAUCGUCCUGCGAGUUCAUCUGAAGACAGAAAGGAAAGAACCAACAGAUCUAAUGUGGAAAAAACAAGAGAGUCAUACAGUUCCUGUGACCGAUUACAUCACCAAACCGAGCCCCCAAAAAUCCUUCAGCAGAAUGCAACAUCUGGAUUUAUCAAUGCUUCACAAGAUUGUCAUGUGGACCAAAACAGCACAGAGAUGACGCCUGUGCACACAGCUCCACCAAACUCUGAUCCAGUGAGCCAUUUGACAAAAUCUGUAAAGGAAUUGACUUUGACUGACAGGCAGACACAUGAAGAUGUUCUCACAAACACGCCUGUGAAAAAAGAACGCAGGGGUCAGCAAAUAUUAUCUAGCAAUCACUAUGAGUCUAGCUACAAUCCAGAGUCUCCAAACCAUGGUCAUUCCUGUCCGACUUACCAAAAUUCACAAAGUCAUACUGCAUAUUCUUAUCCCUCCUUCUCAGGGCACAACAUGCCUGUGAAUACUGAUCGCAGGGGUCAGCAAAUGCUAUCAAACCCUCAUCGUCGGUCUCACUGCAAUCCAGAGUCUCCAAAUCAUGGUCAUUCCUGUCCGACUUACCCAUAUUCACAAAGUAAUAUAGCACAUUCUUAUCCCUCCCUCUCAGGGCACAACAUGCCUGUGAAUACUGAUCACAGGGGUCAGCAAAUGCUAUUUAACACUUAUAAUUGGUGUGGCUACAAUCUGGUGUAUCCAAUCCAUGGUUCUUUAUAUCCAAUUAACCAAAAUUCACAAGGUUAUAUAGCAAGUUCUUGUCCCUUCUACUCAGGACACAUCACGCCUGCUGAAAAUGUCACAGCCCCCACAGGCGGUUUGGUUAUUCCGACUGUCUUUGAUUCCUCUAUAGAUCCAAUGCACAAUAUUUCUGCUCCGCCUGACCCAGUUGGUCCACAGUUAGGUUCUGGAAUCAGAACCACCACAGAAAUUCUGAGGAGAGAGACUCAAACAGGGUCCAGUCAUGAAAACACGGAGCGAGGCUCUUCUGAGUCACAGGCACAAGUCAUAACUGAAGACUCAGCUGAUCCUUAUGUAAUAAGAGCGGUGUGCGGUUGUUUAUGCCCUAAAACUCACCAUUUUUGACCAAAAACAGUUUUUAGUCAGAGAAACAUGCAGAUUGUUGAUUUUUGUUUUAGUCUGAACUUUGACCCUGUACUGUGUUCUUAUGCACUGCAGAAAAACAUGACCUGCUGGCACAAGAGCAAAAUAGGAAUUUUGAAAAUAUUAAAAGCAGUAAGUAUUUAAAGCGGUAUCUAAUAAAAUUAAGACUUGUUUUUUUCCAAAAAAAGAUUUACUCUAAAUACAAAUAGAAUAUAAUAAACAACCUUUUGUAACAUAAUAGUGGUUGGAUUACAUGUUUGCUUCGUCUCUUCCAAUCAAUUAAACUCCAUUUGUUGGUCACUAUUUUUAUGGAAUCCUGGGUGUGUUGUAUAUAAUCAGUGUAAAUAAGUCUAUUUUUGUUUAUGUAUAACUAUGUCAAGAAAUUCCCUCAUCUUAUUGUCUUUAUUUUCCAAUCAAUGUAUCAAAAUAUCUUUGAUACAUUUGUUAUUUGUCUUUUUUCUUGUGUUUUUAUUGCUUCAAACAAACCAAACUUAAAUAAUGUAUUGCACAGUAUAUUGAAUGUUAUAAAAAAAAAUGUUAAGUUUUAAAUCUGCCAAGAAACAGUGUAUUCUGAUAAUAGAACCUUAACUGUUGUACUGUACAUUAAUACAUGUAUUAAAACAUUAAAUGUAAUGGAAUCUUUCCAUUUUUUUUGCUCAGUAAC